UAUAAUAACGGUGAUAAGUGAUAGAACCGUCUAAUAGGUGGGCGGGGCGUGCGGAGGGGCGGGGCCGGCAUUGUGACGUAGAGGGGCCCCGCCCGGGCCGGGGGGGUGCGGGUAUUAGAGGUGGAGGAGCCGGAGUUUCGGAGCAGAGCCCGGGAUGUGCACGUCGUGUCCGCCAUGGAUUACUCCUACCUGAACUCCUACGACUCCUGCAUGGCCGCCAUGGAAGCCUCCGCCUACGCCGAGUACAGCAGCUGCUCCCAGGCCAACUCCUUCCAGUACACCCCGAUCCGGAGCAGCUUCACCGCCAACCCCGGCUGCCCCCCGCUCACCCCGGCCAGCUGCACCCUGGGCGCCCUGCGGGACCACCAGCCGUCCCCCUACUCCACAGUCUCUCUGCACACAGUGCCCUACAAGUUCUUCUCCGACCCGUCCAGCAUCAACGAGAAGAGGAAACAGCGGAGAAUCCGGACGACCUUCACCAGCUCCCAACUAAAGGAACUAGAGAGAGUGUUCGCCGAGACCCAUUACCCCGAUAUCUACACCCGAGAGGAGCUCGCCCUAAAGAUAGACCUGACCGAGGCCCGAGUGCAGGUUUGGUUCCAGAACAGAAGAGCUAAAUUCCGCAAACAAGAGAGGGCGGCAAAUUCCAAAAGCGGCAGCAACAAUGGCGGAACCAACGGCAAAAAGUCCGACCCAAGAUCUUCAUCCGAAGACGAUGAAUCCAAGGAAUCCAACUGCAGCCCCACCCCCGACAGCACGGCGUCCUUGCCCACCGCAUCAAGCCUGAACAGUCCGGGGGGCAGCCUCAGUCCCAGUCCGGGCUCUGGGCCCGGCCUACUGCCCCCCAGUCAUAACACCCAGACCCUAAAGCCUCCGAUUUGGCCCGGAGUCCCCACCAGCAGCAGCACGGCGGACCUCCUGAAAGCCUGGCAGCCCACAGACUCGGUGCCGGGACCCUUUGCCGGCGUCCUGUCCACUUUUCACCGGAAGCCAAAUGCCCUUAAGACAAAUCUGUUCUAAAAAACUGAGACAAUGAUGGAGGAUGAAGCCACGAAAGGACAAUGUCAUAAAAUCGCUAAAAGGAAAUUACUGAGGUCAUCACCGGUGGUUACCACGGCGACAAAACUUCUCUCUACAGAAAGGAGAUUUAUCCCAAAUCCAAGAUGGCGGACCUCAGCGGUGACGGCAGGGCCCACCCCCAUCUACUGCGGCCGCCAUCAUCCAUCAUCCAGUUUUAUUUAUUAUUUAUUGUAUUUAAACUCCGACCUGACUUUUUGUACAGAGAUCGCGAGACACCGGAAAAGUGACAAUUUUACCGUCUUUAUCCAAAGAAAAUGUUUGCGUAAAAUGAGACUCAUAUUCUCUAAUUUUUAUGUUUUUCAAUAGUUUUUUUUAAUACUUACAGCUUUUGUUCAAUCAGAUCUAGAAA